CGCAACAGUAGGAUUUGAUUUAGGGUUAAGCGGUCGACUACGUCUCCCGUUUGAACUUGGUUAGGGUUUUAAACGAUAAUUUGUUGCCCCCUUCAAUUUGGCGGCUAGGGUUUUUGACCUAUUGCUUCUGUCUACCAUUUAUUUCCAUCUUCCCAUUUGUAUAGGUUUUUCCAUUUGGACAUAUAUAUAUAUAUAUAUAUAUAUAUAUAUAUAUAUAUAUAUAUAUAUAUACAAAGUCCUAAGCUUUGAUCACUCUCACAUAGGUUCAAGUAGGAUCAUUUCUCUUCUCUUGAUCCUCUCAAAUUAAUCUCUUUUUAGGCCAAAAUACUCAUCUGGGUAUUCUUCAAUUUGUCCUAUUCCUUGAUCAUUACUUCUCUCAAGUAAGUUCCAAUUCCCUAGAUUUUUUGUCAAGUUUUUUUGUUUGGUUUUAGUCCAAAAAUCCUUCUGGGUGUAGUUGUAGAUUUCAAUCUGGAUUUGUUUCUUGAUUUAAUGCAAGAAUAAUAGAACAGAAAAUUUUUUAUUUGUUUAAUAUCUGGGUUUGAGGAAUCACAAUCUGCUUGCUCUUUGAUCAUUGCCUGAUUGAGAUUUAUUGAUUAUUAGAUUGCGUUAUACAUUGAUCUGUAUUAGGUUAUUGAUUCCAGUACCCCCAUUGAUUAGUGCAUUCAAUCCUUGAAAUUUACCAAAAUGAGUUAUCCAGACUCUCGACCUCCCUUUGUGUCAGCACAGUAUCCAUAUCAAUCAGGCAGUGAUGCCAUUGGCGUCUGGCCUCAAUUCCCUAUAAACAGCAAUGAGCAAUUUGACUCGCUUUCGCAAUUUGAACAACUCCAACCCCCAUAUAAAAGACCAAGAAACCCUGAGGAUAGCAGCAGCCAAUCCGUGAAUUCUAAGAUGCCCCUGCCCAACAACCUCCCAAUUAAUAAAGGAACAACAAACAUUUUUUUCAAGACCAGAAUGUGUGCGAAAUUUAGGACUGGUAAUUGUAAGAAUGGUGAGAAUUGCAACUUUGCUCAUGGUAUGCAAGAUUUGAGGCAGCCCCCACCCAACUGGCAAGAACUUGUCGGUGUAGGUGUACGUGCUGAAGAGGAUAGAUCAGCAGGCAACUGGGAUGAUGAUCAGAGGAUAAUUCACAAGAUGAAGUUAUGCAAGAAGUUUUAUAAUGGAGAGGAGUGCCCUUAUGGGGAUAGGUGUAAUUUUCUUCAUGAGGAUCCAUCAAAGUUUAGGGAUGAUAUAGGGAGGUUUAGGGAGAGUUCUGCAAUAAGUAUUGGGACUACUGGGCAGCCAAUGGUACCAGGAAUUGGUGGGUCGAAUGCGACUGAAGUCAACAAGCCUGUCAAUAACUCUUGUUCAGAUGCUUUUCGAGCGAAUAUGAAACCCGUGUAUUGGAAGACAAAGUUGUGCACCAAGUGGGAAACUACAGGUCAAUGCCCAUUUGGCGAGAAAUGUCACUUUGCUCAUGGACAAGCUGAGUUAAAAGUUCCUGGUGGACGUGCUGAAGGGGAAAAUGCAGGCUCAAUUUUGACCAAACCACCUGUUCUUGCUAAUAAUGCAUCUCCAAGUACGACUGCAAGUGUGCCUAAUGUCAUUGAAGAAGCGCAGAGUAAGAAAUGCUUGUUGAAGUGGAAAGGACCCAAGAAAAUAAAUCGUAUCUAUGGUGACUGGCUUGAUGAUCUUCCAUUAGUGCAGAACUUGACAAACCAAGUUGAGAGUUGAGCUGAAACUUGAAAUUGUUGCAUUGUAAUUAUUUUUUGUGAGCUGCUUCAAGAAAAUUUUGAUGAUUUCUGCUUCCAAAUCUGAAAAUUUUGGUCUCUAGGAUUUUUUGAGUUAUUGCAAAGGCCUCUGGAUGAAGAGGUGAGAUUUUUGCCCUGCUUUUUCAAAGACUAGUAGUUGCUGGAUUGCUACUGUUUCAUAAGUCCUUAAUAGGUUUCCCCCUUGCUUAUUCCCAUUGUUUCUACUUUCAAUUUAUUGGUGAAAUUCGAGAUAUAUGUUUGCAAAUUGUAAGCAGUCAUUGUUUCUUGAUUGGAACAUGACUU